AACCCAAACUAAACAGCAAUGAAUUUUCUACUAAAACAAUCGGCUUAUUAUUAUGAGCCAAAUCCAACUCUUUACUUAACAAUUUUAGGGUUCAUAAGCAUCUUUCUAUUGCUUAAGCUCACAAGAAGAAAUUACAAGCCAAAUAAUAAUAAAAAUCUUCCACCAUCACCACCAAAGCUACCUUUCAUUGGAAACCUUCAUCAAUUUGGAACACUGCCACACCGAUCCUUCCAUGAACUCUCAAAGAAGCAUGGCCCUCUCAUGUUCCUUCAAUUGGGACAAACACCAGCCAUUGUGGUUUCUUCGGUCGAGGUGGCCGAAGAAAUCAUCAAGAAACAUGAUGUUGCUUUCUCCAACAAGCCCCAAACAACAUCUGGAAAAAUCAUUCUCUAUGGAUGCUCUGACGUUGUUUUCGCACCCUAUGGUGAAGAGUGGAGACAGAAAAGAAAGAUUUGUGUUCUCGAACUUUUAAGCCUCAAAAGAGUGAAGUCUUUCAAAUACAUUCGUGAAGAAGAGGUUAUGGAAUUGGUUGGCCACUUUUCAUGCAUUAGAUUGUUUCUAUGAUAAGGUACUUGAAGAACAUAGGAGAAUGAUUAAGAAAGGAAAUGAUGAUGAUAAGAAAGACUUUGUUGAUUUACUGCUUCAAGUUCAAGAGGAUGGUGUUCAUCAUGACUUUCACCUCUCCAAUGAUAAUCUCAAAGCAAUCCUAAUGGACGUAUUUGCGGGAGGUGGUGACACUACUUCAACACUUUUGGAGUGGACAUUUGCAGAACUGAUUAAGAAUCCAAAGAUCAUGAAGAAAGUUCAAGAAGAAGUAAGAAAUGUUGUUGGGUAUAAACAAAAAAUAGAUGAAAAUGAUGUGAAUAAAAUGGAAUACAUGAAAUGUGUCAUGAAAGAAAUUCUAAGAUUGCAUCCACCUGCUCCUUUAUUAAUACCCCGUGAAACCCUAAGUGAUGUGAAGCUAAAAGGUUAUGAUAUUCCAUCAAAGACAAAGGUAUAUUUGAAUGCAUGGACAAUUCAAAGGGACCCCGAAAUUUGGAACAACCCUGAAGAGUUCAUUCCUGAGAGAUUUGAGAAAAGUCAAAUUGAUUUUAUGGGUCAACAUUUGGAACUUAUACCCUUUGGUUUCGGAAGAAGGGGUUGUGCUGGAAUUUCAUUUGCAAUUGCUUCCACUGAACAUAUUCUUGCUAAUCUUCUAUAUUGGUUUGAUUGGAAGCUGCCCAAUAAUAAUGAUGAUGAUGAUGUUGGUGUCACUAAAAUGCAACACAUUGAUAUGUGUGAGAUUUAUGGGCUCACUGUUUGCAAGAAAGUACCAUUGCAUCUUCAGCCUAAACUAUACAAUCAUAUGGGGAAGUAAUUAUCUUAUCUUAAUU